AUGAGCCUUCCUCAGCCACGACUCAACAUUCCAGGCUCCAAGUCUAUGGUUUCCGUAGCUGUGAUUGACACGACAUCUACCAUCAAGGCAAAGACCAGCCUUGUUGUCACACCACAUAUCUCCGGCCAUGACGAGUUCAACUGUCCAUGCUACUGCUUCCUCAUCACACACCCGACCACCGGCAGAAAGGUCCUCUUCGAUCUAGGCAUCCGCAAGGACCCCGAGAACUUGGCACCGAAGACGUACGCCUUUACAAAGGCCAUGGAAAUCUCAUCGGAGCGCAACGUGGCAGAUAUCUUGGGCGAUGACGAGGUUUCCACUAUCACAGACAUUAUUUGGUCGCAUCAUCACUUCGACCACAUUGGGGAUCCUUCCCGAUUCCCAGCUAAGACCGCGCUUGUGGUUGGGCAGGGUUUCAAAGCUGAGUUCUUCCCGGGCUAUCCUGCACGCGAGGAUGCCUGGAUCCUGGAAAGCGAUUAUGCUGGCCGUGAGGUCCAUGAAAUCGAAUUCACGACCGCUGGUCUCAAGAUUGGCCAAUAUGAUGCAUUCGACUAUUUUGGAGACGGCUCAUUCUAUCUCCUCGACUGCCCAGGGCACACCAUCGCUCACAUGAUGGGCCUCGCCCGCACAACACCAACAUCAUUUGUCCUCAUGGCCGCCGACUGCUGCCACCACGGCGGCGAAUUCCGGCCGUCCCCAUUCGUCCCUUUGCCUGAUGUCAUCGAUCCAAACCCUCUCGUGCAUAGUGCCAAAUACCCACGCCGAAUGCCUUGCCCAGGACAGCCAUUCCUGGACGCCCAUCCGAAAAAGUCAAAGACGGAACCCUUUUACCAAUUGAACAACCCGAAUGACUCAGACACAGUUCGCGAGGCCACGCAGAGUCAGCGAAAGCUCGACGAAUUCGAUGCGAGUGAUGACGUCCUUGUGCUUACUGCGCACGAUUCUGAUGCACAGGGUGUCAUUGACCUGUACCCGAAGACGAUCAACGAAUGGAAGAAGCCUGAAAACGACUGGAAGAGAAAACUACAUUGGGCUUUCCUCGCGGAUUUCAAAGUGGAGUAG